AUGGAGUCCAUCGAUCCGGCCUCGUCCAAGUUGUGGGAAGCACAUCCAUCGCCCUAUGGUGUACCGUACUACUACAACCCUGUCACGAAAGAGUCGCGCUGGACAAUUCCUACUGGCCCGCUAGAUCGUGUGGUUCCGGCGGGCAAGAGCCAGGGCAAGGAAGUGGUUGCAAAGAGUGCCUCGCAGGAUGCGGAGGCCGAGGCAUGUGACAGGGCGACUGAGGCAGAGGCUCAUUCUCGAUCUUUGCAGCCCGCAGAGAGCGUUUGUUCCGUGUCCAGCUCCUGCAGCUCCGGCUCAGACUCGGAAAACACACGGACCCAGACGACCCAGACCCUGACGGCUCAGGAGCGUGCCCAACUAAAGGUUCAGCAGUUCACCCAGAUGCUGGAAGAGCUGCAAGUGCCAUCGUCGGACCGAUUUGAAACGUGGUUGCCACGGCUAGCGGCUGACAUUCGCUUCACCGCUGUUCCGAAAACACAAAGGAAGCCUCUUUUUCAGAAGGUUCUUCAGAGGAUGGUGGCUGAAAAGCGAGAGGUCGAAGCAAGCACACGCCGUCACAAUCGGCAAGCCCUUGAGGAGCUGCUGUCUGCUGCGGAGUCGCGGGGAAUCUUUGACAACGUAAAGACUGCAGAAGAGGCCGUGGCCAAGAUUUCUGCCAACGACCUUGGUCAAAAUCCUUGCUGGAAAGCCACUCCCCUGACAGAAAAGUCGCGCAUAACAGAAGCAUUGCUUCGCAGCAUGAACCAGAAGAGAGCUCUUGCAGAAGAGCAGUCUGCCCGCGACUUCCGCGCGUUGUUGCACGAGACAUUCUUCAAAGAUCCGGAUGGCCAGUUGCCGACUUUUGAGGAGGCUCGAAAGAUGCUGCGACAUCAAACACGCUGGAAGGCGUUGACAUCAAAGACGCUUCGUGAGGGCUUGUACAACGAGAUGGCAAACGACCACUCUGCGAAGUUGGCAGCCUCCAGAAAAGCUAAAGCUGACGAAGAAGACGAGCUGACAGAGCAUCGCAAGAGGAGCCGCAGAGAUGUUGUGGAGCAAGAAGUGCGAGAUUUACUUCAAAGGAAGAUCCGCAGUCCUCUGGAUUUAUCCUGGGAUGAGGUCCGUGUGGUUUUUCAGGAGGAGCGCGCGCAGCUGCCCGAGGAUGUGGAGGAGGCCUACCUCCACGAGGUCUUCAACAGAGUCUGCGACGAAGACAAAGAGCGCCGUGCUGGCGCUUUCUCUUCAGAGCUUCUACGCUGCAGCUUCGAAGAGCUCGGGCCGGAGCUUCCCUUUGAGGCGGUUUGUGAAAGAGCGGCCGCUCUGUUGGGAAGCGAGCUGCUCCGGCCGGUGCCCGAGGACGAGCUAAGGAUCCGUUGGGAAAACUGGCGCCGCUACCGCCUCACAGAAGCUGCGGAGGCCUUCAAACUUUUCUUGCGCCAAAGUGAGGUGCUCGCAACGGCUGCUCGAGAUCCACAUGCCGUGCGAGGGGAAGGCGUCAAGUUCCAGGAGCUCUGCGACGAGCUUCAAAAGGACAAGCGUUACCUUCGCCUGGAGCUCCUGCCCACACAGCGACGAAGACUCAUCAUAGAACGAUUAGAGGAAGUAGCACUGAAUUCGAAGCUAGCUUCCCAGGAUGUUGACUCGGAUGCCGAACGGUGA